AUGGCACAUGCACGACUCAACAAUCAAGCCGGAGGCUUUUGGGACUUUACACCUACAUGCAACAUGGCCGCACCCGGCCCUUUUGAUCCUUCGUUUGUUGACUGCAACGACCGUGAUCGAAACGACACCAAUGAUGGCGACUACCAGUACCCUGGGUUUUCAUUCGGUGGUCCGUUCCCCCGCAAAGCCUACUUAUGUCCACAACAUAAUAAACGAGAACUAGAAUCCGACGGAAAAACAACUGCGGCAGAGCGAGAAUCAAAGACGAAUCAGAAUAAAAACGAACCACGAACGACACCUUUUGUACAAGCGCCUCCCUUCUUCGAACACCCAAAUCCUUGGGCAGGAGCGUAUGGCGGAUAUCAUAACCGCGGCGGAAGAGGAUUCUACCCUGGCCAGCGUAGCCAGUAUGGAAUUGGACCGACUAAUUGGUCUGGGCCAUGGGGAAACUUUGGAUCCUCAAUAGGAUUUAGACCGUGGGGUACCUUAGGUCCUUGGAGUAACUUUGGCCCCUGGGGUAGACUGCCAUCCUGGGGAAACCCAAUGUUUACAGGCAGCUUCGGACCUAUGAAUAAUAGCAUGGGACCCUGGGGUCAAUUUGGGGCCACUAACUACUUUGGACACGAUGAUAAUGCUGCAAAGGACGAAACCGAACCUGAAUUCAACAUAUUUGAGACACCCAUGAGGUUUCUUGUCUGCAUUUCCCUGUUCGGUGCAAACAAAGCGGGGCUCAAAGUGGAUUUGGACCUGAGAAAAUGCGAACUCAACAUUAAAGGAGCAAUACAGCGACGCGGAAAUAGGUCAUCUUCCAAGGAAUUGGGACAGAAUGACAAGGGGGAAUUCGAGCAUAAAUUGUACCUAGGAAAUCGUAUCGAUCGAAACCAGAUUCAGGUCGACGGCAUUACUGCUAGGAUGGAAGACGGAAUUCUUAUCGUCAGUAUUCCGAAACUGAAUUCCGAACACCUUGAGAUUAAGAAGGUUUAUAUUGAAUAG